ACAGCCUGAGACUGAGUAAUUCCUGCCAAACAGCAUCCAGUCUGAUGAGAGCAGUGUAACAGGAGCAUAGCUCAGCAGCGCUGUCUGGGGUAGCAAAGAUUGGAAUAGCAGAAAGUAGCACAGACUGGAGCAUAGGGAAUAGCACAGACUGGACUAGCAGAGGUUAAUACAGACUGGAAUAGCAGGAUUAUACUACAAAUUGGAAUAGCAGAGAACAGCACAGACUGGAAUUGAAGACACCACAAACUGGAAUAGUAGAGGGCACUCAGAAGCAAAAUCUGUUACAAGAGGGGACAACUCAUCAGGACAGCCUGUUACAGGAGGGACAGGCCAGCAGAACAGUCUGUAACAAGAGGGGACCCUCCAGCAACACAACCUGGGAUUACAGCCUAUCCUGAGCAGGACACUGAGACUCAGGCCAUCACGCAGCAAGGUUGAAUAUUAAAGAAAAUUGAUUUACUGGGAACGGAAGGGGUAACAACCAUGAAUGACGUGGCACAAAAGACAGAGAUUCUGCUUUCUACAUCUAAGCCUGUCCAAAAAACGUACGUCCCAAAAAUUGGCAAAGGAGAUGUAAUGAAUAAAUUUGAAGCCAUGCAGAAAGCCAGAGAGGAGCGGAGCCAGCGGAGAUCGAGUGACGAAAAACAACGGAGGAAGGAACAGUACAACAGAGAGAGGAUACUCAACAAAAAAAAGCAAGAGAUGAAGGAAUUACUGGCAUCUGACGAUGAAGAGGAAAGUAACUCAAAACAAGUGGAAAAGGGAUUUGUUCCAAAGCUGACAGGAACAGUUAAAGGAAAAUUUGCAGAAAUGGAGAAGCUCAGGCACGAAGAAGAGAAAAAGAGAAUGGAAGAAGAAAGAAAAAGAAGGAUGGAACAAGAUUUGAAGGAGAAGAAAAAGAUACAGCGAGAACUGGCCAAGAAAGCAGAGAUGAUUGAUGUCAUUAACUGUACUGGAAGUGGCUCGGAAAUGGAGGAAGGAACUGAGGAAGUGGCUGAAGUAGCCACAACAGUGACAAUAAACAGAUCCCCAGGGAAAAUAAAUGUCAAUUUUGAAGAUAUAGAAAGAGAAAGGGAAGAAGAAGAGACGCAAAGACGAGAAGAAGAAAAAAAGAAGCGAUACGAUGAGCAUAGGCGGUCAUUCAGGGAAGCUAAAAGACGUUCCACUGCCAUGGAUGAAACUGAGACUCAGGACAAGAAGACAAAGGAGAAUUUAACACCUGGCAAACUGAAAAUGACAUUCGAAGAGCUAGAAAAAGAAAGACAGGAGCAGAAAAAAAGGCACGCGGAGGAAGAGGCCCGUCUUCGUUUAGAAGAAGAGAGACGAGCGUUUGAAGAAGCAAGACAAAAUAUGGGGACUGAGGAUGAUGAAGACAGGUCAAUGGACAUGUACAAGGAGGAAUUUCGGCCAGGCAAACUGAAGUUGAGCUUUGAGGAAUUAGAGAGACAGCGGAAAGAAGAAGAGAAAAGGAAAGCAGAGGAGGAAGCAAGACGCAGAAUAGAAGAAGAAAAAAUGGCAUUUGCUGAAGCGAGAAAGAACAUGGCAUAUCAGGAAGAAGAUGAAGAAAGUUUACCAGAAACCUCAAAAGAGUUCAUGCAGACCGGGAAGCUAAAGCUGAGUUUUGAAGAGCUGGAGAGGCAGCGACAAGAAGCUGAGCACAGGCGGGCAGAAGAAGAAGCACGCAGGCGGCUGGAAGAGGAGCGCAGGCAGUUUGCAGAAGCCAGAAAGAACAUGCAUGCAGAUCCAGAUAGCAUUCAUCUCGCUGUGGAGGGCUGUGAAAUGGACAGUAAUGACACAUGCAAAGAACCAGAUGAAGAUAGUCUUCCACUCAGUAAAACUAUUUCUCAGGAGUCUCUGACACCAGGCAAACUGGACAUUAAUUUUGAGGAAAUGCUGAAGCACAAAAUGGAUGAAGAGAAAAGGCUCAUUGAAGAAGAAAGAAAACAAAAACUGGAAAUGGAAAAACAAGAAUUUGCUCAAUUACGAGAGGAGAUGGGAGAGGAUGAAAUAAAUGAAAGCAAUGAAGUUAUAAGUACUGAAUAUGAAGAACUGUUUAAACUGAAAAGAACUGGCACCAUUAAAGCUAAAAACUUGAAAAGUAAAUUUGAGAAAAUUGGAAAACUGUCUGAAGAAGAAAUACAGAAAAAAAUAGAAGAAGAGAGAUUGCGUAGAAAAGCAACAGAUCAGGAACUGAAAGAGAGGGAAGCGGAACAUUUCCACGAGGAUGAAGAUGUUGAUGUCAGACCAGUUGUAAGAAGUCAUGCUCCAUUUUCACACAAAGUUAACAUGAAAGAGCGGUUCGAGCAAAUGGCCCGGGCAAGGGAGUUAGAGGAGCAGAGAAGAAUCGAAGAGCAAAAAAUGCAACGGAUGCAAUUUGAACAGAAAGAAAUUGAUGCUGCCGUACAGAAGAAAAAGGACGAUGACGAUGAAGAGGAGGCUAGUGUUAAUGGCUCCCAGUACGAGGAUGAAGAUGUGGCUCGCUCUGGAGCACCUUGGUUUAAGAAACCCCUUAAAAACAUGUCGGUUGUCGAUGGGGAGCCAGUAAGAUUCACAGUUAAGGUCGAAGGAGAACCCAAACCCACAGUCACAUGGUGGUUCGAAGGUGAAAUGCUGCAGGACUGUGAAGACUAUCAAUACAUUGAAAGAGGGGAAACAUAUUGUCUUUACCUACCUGAAACAUUUCCAGAAGAUGAAGGGGAAUAUAUGUGUAAAGUUGUGAACAGCAGGGGCACCGCUGCAAGCAGCUGCAUUCUCAGUAUAGAAACUGAUGACUAUUAACAACCUGCUUUUCUGGAGACCACCUUUUCUGACUCUCAUUGCAUCCUCCCUUUCUUCAGUGGGCCAAGACAAAGGAGACACUCGGCUAUGUAUGCCAGUCCUGUAAAACACAAAGGCAGCCUUACAAUGCAAGUCUGGCCGAAGUCAUGCUAAAUAAGCUCUGGACUGCGAUGCACAGGCUAUAAAGGCGAAUAUGCCACCUAAAAACACAAGGCAGAGAGGGGAGUGUUACAUGUUAACAUGUCUGAAAACUUAUAUAAUUUUGAAAAAAGAAAAAAAGCUUGUGUUUGAUUUGUGCCAAGACUUUUUAUUGGGUUUGAAUGAAAUUCUAUGUUAAUGCCUUGUUUGUCAGGUUAUAUGUUUCACUGCAAAGUCUUUUCCAAUAAAAA